GUAUACCAUGUCGGUCAUCAUGUCUACCAUCAUGACUAUUGACUAUGGUACCUCUUCAGUGGAGAAGUUCUACAGGCGGUGAAAGAAGAAAAGGACCUAAGGGUGAUCUGAAGUUUGGGAGGCAAGCAGCAACAGCAGUCAACAAGGCAUCUUGGAUCCUCUGCUGUACUGUACAUGCUCGCAAGAGAUGCAGAAUGCGAACAAAAACAUUUCUGAUAACCAUGACAGUGUUGGUCACUGCUUUGGUUAUCCUUCAAAUAAUUCACUCUGUUCUCCUUGACCAGCUAGACGAAUAUGAACAUGAUCCCAGUCACGUCAUCCAGAAUAUUGAUGACGUCAACGUAUAUGCGGUGGAGGCUGAGCGACUUCUCUCUCAGCUUCUCGAAACUGUUCGAGAUAAAGCUACGGUAGAUGAUUCCGGCCAAUAUCAAAUCGUUCAAAAUGUUAUCAGCAACGUAAAGGACACACGGCAAGAGGUGUCAUUGGCCUUGCAUGCCUCUGUAGAGAGCUUGAAUCAUCUGCCUACCACCAUACGUGAUUGGGAGGGGCCGGUGUCGGUUUCGAUGUUCGUUUCGGCGAGCAUGGCCGACCAGGCGGCUCUGCGUCUACUGGCACUCCACCUCUGCUCUGGGUGUACUCUGUCCCUCCACCUGGUUCUACCGGUGGGUGUGCGGAUCAGUCGCCCCGUGGUACCACACCAGAGCGCGCUUUGCCGGACGCUAGAGUCGUCACCGUCAGUUAGCUACCAACUCUCGGAGCCGUAUCCCAACAACCUGCUGCGUAAUGUGGCUCGAAAUGCCACGCAUACGGAGUUUGUGCUCUCAUUGGACGCCGACAUUACGCCUAACGUGGGAUUUCGACAGCAGUUUUUAGCGAUGGCGAAUCGGAACAAUCUAUGGGGUGAUUCGGCCGACCUGACGGCAUUUGUGCUGCCUUUAUACGAAGUCGGGGAGGGUGUUACGCCACCACGGGAUAAAACUACUCUCCUGGAGCUGCGUCGGCGUUGGCCGCAACUGCUGCGUCCUUUCUACAUAACCCUGUGCGCGAAAUGCCAGGCUCCGACCGAUUUCGAACGGUGGGAGACGAUGGGAGUAUCCGGUCGUUUGGAGGUGGCCUAUGAUGUCCCAUGGAAGGACCCAUGGGAGCCGGUGUAUGUGAUACGUCGUGGCGCGCCUCUGUACGAUCCACGUUUCAAACAGUUUGGGUUUAAUCGCAUCAGUCAUGCGUGCGAGCUUCAUGUGGCCGGAUACAGGUUCCGGGUGCUGGGUGACGCUUUUGUUCUCCAUCACGGCCUGAAGGGAGAGGAGCCUCCGAGGGCAGCGCAGAGCUCGGAGCAGCACAGCAAUCGGCUGCUGUUCCGUCAGUUUAAACAGGAGCUGAAGGUGAAAUAUCCAAAGUCGGCUCGGAGGUGUUACUAGUCACGAGCGAGAGAGACCUCAGGUACUGCCUCAUAGAAAUCUAUGGCCUUAUUCGAUCUGAUGUUCUGUGAUAUUUGUCAUGGAGCCUGAAGUAGUCCGGGCUCUCGAAGUGUGUUGAUCUGUAGGGCUUUAUUACCGACUUAUCGUGUGAAUUUUCACUCACCUUUGCUACUAAGUGAUUCAUACAUACUCUGUAGUCUUUUACUUUGUAAUU